AUGGACAGUCUUGACUUCCCCUUCAAAAUCGAGAUUGAUGGUAAAGCCAUUGCUCCGGCUCACGGUGAGGAAGAGGCCAUUGUUCAAGCAGCGCUCGGAGACAAUGCAGCCAUAUUCACACUUGAAAACAAUCAACUGAAGUCUGGCGACUGGAUUCUUGGACGCAACAAGUCCGAGGACCGUAGUCUGUGGCCGAAGAAGAUUCUGUGGUUCAAACUGGGCACGGACAGUGCUGAACGCGCUCAACCAGCCGUAGCAAUCAAAGAUGGAAAUCAAUACAAGAUCAAAUUCGCAAAUGCGAGCUUAAUGGCAGAGGAUGACAAGGUCUUUGUCGAGUUGAUGGGGGUAGUUGAGAAGAUUCGAUUUUCUUAUGCGUUGACGUAUUGCCGGCACAUGGCAUUCAUGACAGCUGCUUCUUUGAGAACAUCGUACCUUCGUGGAAACAUGUGA